UGAAAUGCCAUCAGCUAUUGGAUUUCCAAACGGAUAUUCCUUCCUUAAAAUAUCAUUCAGCCUCUACCCAACACUCCAAAAAUCCCUUCGCUUGAUUUCUCCAACAAAUAACAGAAUCUACGUUCUCUCCUCAUUUCUUCUGACUCACUGAGUCAAGUACUCAGUUAAGAAGGAGAAAUUGAUGGGUCACACUCGUUCAUGUCUGCACUCACUCUCAUACCUGUUCUUGAUUCUAGAAAUGGUGGUGGGGGCCCACAUCCCGACCACCCUCGAUGGCCCAUUUACUCCGGUCACUCGCCGCUUCGAUCCGUCGCUGCGGCUAGGCAGUGACGACUUGCCAAUGGAUGAUCCCAGGCUUAAGAAGAAAGUUCCCACUGUCUUCCCCGACCAGAUAGCUCUCGCCAUCUCUUCGUCGACUUCCAUUUGGGUGUCUUGGAUCACCGGGGAUGCUCAGAUUGGCUCCAAUGUGACCCCUCUCGACCCAUCAACGGUUGCCAGUGAGGUUUGGUAUGGGAAAGAAAGUGGAAAAUAUCCAUUUGUUCAACGAGGGUCGUCAACUGUCUACAGCCAAAUGUACCCAUUCAAGGGCCUUAUGAAUUACACUUCAGGCAUCAUUCACCAUGUUCGACUCAAAGGGCUUGAACCUGGGAAAAGAUAUUACUACAAGUGCGGGGAUAGUUCAUUGCCGGCUAUGAGCAAAGAACAUGUAUUUGAAACUCUACCCUUGCCUAGUGCAAAUGCAUAUCCUCGUCGAAUAGCAGUUGUAGGAGAUUUAGGCCUGACAAGCAAUUCAACGACAACCAUUGAUCAUCUCAUUGAGAAUAACCCUUCGAUGGUAUUAAUGGUUGGAGACAUGUGUUAUGCGAACCAGUACCUUACUACGGGUGGCAAAGGCGCCCCUUCCUUUUCACGUGCAUUUCCAGAUGCACCCAUUAGAGAGUCAUAUCAACCACGGUGGGAUGGGUGGGGAAGGUUUAUGGAACCCCUGACAUCAAGUGUCCCUAUGAUGGUGAUCGAAGGCAAUCAUGAGAUUGAACCUCAAGUUGAUGGGAUCACUUUCAAAUCUUAUCUGACACGAUUCGCUGUUCCAUCACAAGAGAGUGGCUCCAAUAGUAAUUUCUACUACUCGUUUGAUGCAGCAGGAGUCCAUUUCAUCAUGUUGGGAGCAUAUGUUGACUAUAAUAGUACUGGUGCCCAGCAUGCUUGGCUAAAGGAUGAUUUACUUCGAGUGGACCGCAAAGUGACCCCAUGGCUGGUGGCUGCAUGGCAUCCUCCUUGGUACAAUAGCUAUUCAUCACACUAUCAGGAAUUUGAAUGCAUGAGGCAGGAAAUGGAAGCACUCUUGUAUCAAUAUGGUGUCGAUAUUGUCUUCUCGGGUCAUGUGCAUGCUUAUGAACGGAUGAACCGAGUGUAUAACUAUACAUUAGAUCCAUGCGGGCCUCUUUACAUAACCGUUGGAGAUGGUGGAAAUAUAGAGCAAAUCGAUGUCGAUCAUGCAGAUGACCCUGGAAAGUGUCCUUCAAGCAGCGACAACAUACCAGAAUUCGGAGGAGUGUGCCAUUUAAAUUUCUCUUCGGGCCCAGCUAAAGGCAAGUUCUGCUGGGACAAACAACCAGAGUGGAGUGCAUAUAGAGAGAGCAGCUUUGGACAUGGAAUAUUAGAGAUUAUCAAUUCCACAUAUGCCUUAUGGACUUGGCACAGAAAUCAGGAUACAUAUAAAGAUCAAAGUGGCAGUGAUCAAAUAUACAUAGUACGACAACCUGAAUUGUGCUUGCCAAACAUCAAAUCAGCCACUACUUCAGCCAAUGCAUCGGUCACUACUUCAACCAAUGCAUCUGCCAAUCUAAGUAACCAGAGGAGGUAUGACUAAAAGCAUCAAGGUACCUACUCCAUCCUCUAUUCUCGUACACUUCCGUUCUCUUGUAUUUCCUUCUCUUCUUUUGGUUGCAACUGUAAGCUGGGGGAGAGAGAAAUCCUUUGUAUAUUCAUUGUCCAUUUAGUGAGUUGUGAGCAAUCUUUAGGGACCUGCGCCCAUAUAAAGAGUACCACUCCGCUCCAUCAUCGGCGUCGUAAUGUCGGCUCCUGAAGGGUAUCCUCUUCAACUCAGGAGGUGUAUUGUCAUGUGAAUAGGAACCUUAGAAAUGAAUUUGCGAGUAUGCAAGCAGGUCAUAUGCCAACACCAAACAUGACCCUGGUUUUGGAUUUGUAAGUUUGUGGAUUGAGUAUAUGAACUUGUAUUGUGUUGGUGAGUAUUUGUCAUUAGCACAUUGUAAUUUUUUUUCAAGUGGUUGAACUGUAAGUUGAGGAGGUUGUAAUUUUCAGAGUUCUGU